AAAGGUUGAGCACAUUGUUCCUCCGCGGGUAUUAUGGUUGAGAUAGUUAUGAAUGAAAUAGCAUUGUGUUAACAAAUUUAGUACUUAUAUUCAACACUUGGGGCCUUUCAACCACCCGGAGUGGCUGUAGUUUUAUUGUGCUUAUAGUCUAUUUUAAGAACAGCGUUUGUGGAAGUCAGACUUAACACAAAAUGGCUGGAAUUCUGUUUGAAGAUAUCUUUGAUGUAAAAGACAUUGAUCCAGAUGGCAAGAAGUUUGACAGAGUGUCUCGACUACAUUGUGAAAGUGAAUCUUUCAAGAUGGACCUCAUCUUGGAUGUGAACAUUCAGAUAUAUCCUGUUGAUCUUGGUGACAAGUUCAGACUGGUGAUUGCCAGCACAUUAUAUGAGGACGGAACACCAGAUGAUGGAGAGUACAACCCUCAGGACGAUCGGCCGUCUCGGGCAGACCAGUUUGAGUAUGUGAUGUAUGGAAAGGUGUACAAGAUUGAAGGCGAUGAAACAUCAACUGAAGCGGCGACACGUCUCUCUGCCUACGUGUCUUAUGGAGGUCUGCUUAUGAGGCUGCAGGGAGACGCCAACAAUCUUCACGGCUUUGAAGUGGACUCCAGGGUCUACCUUCUUAUGAAAAAGCUGGCCUUCUGAGCACCGGUCUACUCCCCCACUGCACUCUGCUGUCAUCUAUCUUUGAAGUCAUAGUGAAAUUCACAUCUCUACGUCUGGAGCAAUUUAACAGAAGGAUAACAUGGACUCUAUUGGAAAAAUAUUUUUGGAAACAUUUUCUAUGUGUCUUGAUUCGCAAAAAUGCUUCAACGAGACAUAGUACAGACUCAAGGCUUUGGUAAAAGUGAACAGAUACAAUCUCAUGCUCAAGCAAUUGUAAAUAAAUAUUUCUUUUAUAAAAAUAAUAUUUAGCUGAUGAUCAAUCUGGAUAAUGUUUUUGUUUUGUGGCUUGGUGACCAUUUACCAGGGUUUCUGCACAGUCUUGAUUUCAACUCUGGAUGGAGCUUUUUGUAGUGUAUAUUUUACAACUAAUAGAAACAUUCAAAGUACCAGACAUUUGCAUAAGGAUUUUGAUCCAAUGUGGGGUUUAUUGUUUUUUUUUGUGUGUUUUUUUCAUCUCAAAACCUGCAGAUAUUCACCUUAAACAUCAUAUUUAUUUGGAUUUUUAACAGCAUGACACCAGCGACACUUGCUGAUAAUAGUGAGAUGAAACAUAAAAAAUGUCAUCUGAGACAUUUUCCUCCAAUUCAGAAGUUUUGUUCAAGGGGAUGACGGUUGAUAUAAUUUAAGUUCGUAUUUACAGAAUUCAUUUUCAGAUGUUACAUUUUCACAACAACCAUUUUGUUYAUUUCACAUAUAGACAAACCACUCAACUUAAAGGUUUGUAAGAUYGACUUUGAAUAUUAAGUGGCGUGGCCACGAAAAAUUCAAGAUGGGGACAAACUGAAAUUCUGUGAUGCUGGGGACUGCAAAUUAAAUUAAAGGCAAGAAAAAGCAGCUAUUGUGCACAAACA